UCCGAACUUUCUACAUUGUCGCUGUCCUAUCUUCAGUCCUGGGGAAAGAUGUCUGCGCGGCUUUUCUCCCUGCUCUUCUUGGUUGGCACAUCUUGUGCCCAGUUCGUGCCCGGUACAGACACUGGGAAUGGACUUCAGAAUGGUUGUUCAGUAACCCCCGCGGAUACGCUCGGUCCGUACUACGUGCCCAACUCACCUGUAUCCCGCACCAUGUGCCUCGGGACGUCUGACGACGACUACAUGUUCGUCAAGGGAACGGUGUAUGACGUAAACUGCCAUCCUGUGCACGGCGCAAACGUUGAGGUGUGGCAGGCAGACAAGACAGGACUGUACUAUGACGACCGUUGCCGUGUGCAGUUCACUGCGGACCAGCAGGGCAAGUAUAGCUUCGUCACCACUGUGCCGGGGAAGUACCUGCUGGGUUACUAUUACCGCCCCGCACACAUCCACUACCGCGUGACCGCGCCAGGCUACCGUGAGAUCAUCACCCAGCUGUACUUCUCACACGACGACUCGCUAGGUGCGAAUGACCCGUGCGGGUCGGCAUGCAACUCCGGAAGCGCCGAGCUUAUCAUGGACAUCCGGGCUCCGACCGCUGAUGACUUGGUGCAGAUCGCCCAACUGGUGACCUUUCCCAUCAGCAAGGUCGUGGAGUUCAACCCCGUCAUGAGCCACUAAUAACCACGUCACCGUCAAUACACAUUACUACGCUAAAACCACUGUUACAAUCCGUGACUCUCUGGUAACGUUACACAACUGAAACUGUGAUUAAAACAGUUGAAGCUAA